AUGACCCGUUUGGGUGCAAAUCUGUCUCCACACCCGAACGCAGACAAAGAAAUAUACCGUCAUUUGAAGAAACAACUAAAGAAACCAAGUGACUUUUCGAUUGAGGCUAAGGAUUAUAUCGGUGAUAUAGUCGCUGCAGCAAACAUAUAUAUUCGAUUGCGGUCCAUGCAAUACACAAAGCAUGGGAUAUAUAACUUUGUUCAGGGAAAAGAAAAUCUUGUGCGGGUGCCUUUUGAUGUUGACUUUUUCUUUUCAGUAGGUGAUUUCCUUUUACGGUUACUAAAGUUAAUUUUAAUUCGUUUUGAGGAAUUCUUUUUGGGGAUUUUAAAGUUCCAUGGACAAAACAAACUUUGUCGUGUUAGCACCUGUAAUAUAAUGCGGGAAACAGCUCUGCCGGUAGUCUAUAUCCGUUGUACUCUACAUAAUAGCCCAAUUCUUACGAUCUUGGACUAUUUUUUUAGCGGUUGGUUGAGUUGUCAGAUUUUUGAAGGAAAGAGUGCAUUCAAUUUUCAAAAGGUUGUGGACAGUGCUCUUUUUUCACAACCAAGAUCCGAGAAUGUUUGUAUGAAAAAGGUCUAUUACAUUAAUUAUUCGUGCUUGCGGUCAUUUGUCGUAGAAGUCUAG